AUGAGCCAACAAAAAGUGAGAGAAUUAAUAAAAAAUAACCAAGAACCUAUCUUAGUGGUCAAUAAUGGAACGUGUUCAGAGAGUUGUAUAUGUUCAUUCAUUUAUCAACCAGUUUGUGGGAGCGAUGGAAAGACAUAUUCAAACACAUGUCAACUAGAAUGUCGAAACAAGGAAUUGAUAAAAAAUAACCAAAAUCCCAUCUCAGUAAUAAGUAAUGGAACAUGUCCUGAACCUUGUAUAUAUACAACUGAUUACGUUCCAGUUUGUGGGAGUGAUGGAAAGACAUAUUCAAAUAUAUGUCAACUGGAAUGUCGAAACAAAGAAUUAUAUAACAAUAAUCAACAACAAAUCUCUGUAGUGAGUAAUAGUACUUGCACUGAUGCAUGCGUGUGUACAAAAGACUAUGCACCAGUAUGUGGAAGUGAUAAUAAGACAUACGCUAAUGAAUGCCAAUUAAUAUGCCAUAAUAAAGAAAAAGAAAAGAAUAACCAACAGCAAGUUACUAAAAUACGCGAUGGAAAUUGUCUGGAAAAUUGUAUUUGUCCAUUUAUAUACAAACCAAUUUGUGGUAGUGAUGGGAAAACAUACGGAAAUGAUUGCGAGCUCGGUUGUGAGAACAUAAAAUCAAAACUACAUCCUAUAAUAAAAAUCAAAGAUGGGGUAUGUACCGAACAAUGUGUAUGUUUAGAAAUCUAUCAGCCUGUGUGUGGUAGUGAUGGAAAAACUUAUAGCAGCGUAUGUAAACUGGACUGCAAAAAUAAAGAUUUGUUAGCGAUGGGUCAAUCACCAAUCAAUGUCGUUAGCAAUAGCACCUGUGAUAAAAUGCCUUGUUCAUGUCCCACAAUUUACCAACCUAUUUGCGGAAGUGACAACAAAACCUAUAGAAAUGGCUGUGAUUUCUUAUGCUACAAUACUGAAUUACAAAAACAAGGUAAAUCUCUUAUAACAAAAGUAAGUGAUUCUGAAUGUGUGGAAAUUUGCAUUUGCCCUGAAACAAAUGCACCUGUGUGUGGCAGUGAUGGAAACACAUACAAAAACGAAUGUCAACUUUUAUGUAAAAAUAAAGAGAUUGAACCGGAUCAAGAACCUAUUUAUAUUGAAUAUAAUGGACCAUGCGAUGAUAGUUGUAUUUGCCCUGCUGUAAUACAGCCUGUGUGUGGUAGUGAUGGACAAACAUACGCAAACGAAUGUGAAUUGAAUUGUGAAAGUAUAAUUCUUGCGCGUGUCGGCCUAUCACCUCUUACCAUAUUUGAUAACCAACCAUGUAAAAAGUCGUGCAAUUGCUACGAUUCAAUAAUUCCUGUUUGUGGAACCGAUGGAAAAUCUUAUAAGAAUAUUUGUAUGUUACGCUGUUCCAAUAUAAACAGUCAAUCUUCAGAUGGACCAACAAUAAGACUGCAUUACAGCGGAGGCUGUCGAGGAUGUCAGUGUAACAGAAAAAAUAACUUGGUAUGUGGGAGCGAUGGAAAUACUUAUAGUAAUAUAUGCUGGCUGAAUUGUGAAAGUUUUAGACUGCAAACAUUUGGAAGACAUCCUAUAGCUGUUGUUCAUAAAGGUCGCUGUGGUGUAUGCUCCUGUACUGAAGAUUAUGAUCCUGUUUGUGCCAGUGACCGAAACACGUACCAGAAUAGAUGUUUCGUUGGAUGUGAAAAUAAAAUUAGAAAGAGCCAAAAGAGAUGCCUUCUAAGUAUUGUACAUCAAGGACGUUGUUUAAAUUUAGGUCAUUAUAAUUGCAACGAAUGUCCAUUACUUUACCGGCCUGUAUGUGGUAACAACAACAAAACGUAUUGGAAUUCAUGCUGGUUAUUCUGCAGUCAAAAUAACAUAUUAACUGGAAACAUUUUAUCUAUGAGAACUCAAAAAAUCGGUCCAUGUUAAGUAAAUUUUGUAAUUUUUAUUUAUUAUAGAGUGUAUAAUAAAAUAAAAUAUACAGGCAA